AUGCCACAGGAGCAAAAUGUGACAGUCAACUUAACCCUUCUCAGUCCGGACGAUACACCAACAACCUUUUGCAAGAACACAAUUUCCAGGCCUAAUAAACCGAUUACAACAACAUUUACGAUCAUUCCGGAGCAUAUUGGCAAUUGGAAACUUGAAGUCACCGUUCAGUCCAAUGACGCCCUUCAUCAGUUGAAUGGGACCUUGCUCGUCAAGCCAGAAGGCGUCCUGCAGUUCUUUAGCCAACCCGUCUUGAUAGAUCUUCAUAAAUCCAAAACCUUUGAUACUGUCAUCCAGUUGCCUGCGGAUCCGGCUGAUAAGGUCGCCGGGUCAGAAAAAGUUUCCGUUCACGUCGCUGGCGACUUAUUGGGCGUGCCGACCCACAAACUGGAUCAACUGAUCAGACUGCCGUAUGAGGGUGGCGAACCGAACAUGGCAAUAUUAGCUACAAGUGCUGCAAUACUGAAGUAUGGGCAGACUACCAACAAAAUUUCCCCACAACAGGAAGUCAAUCUCGUAAGCAAAACCCAACUGGGUUUUCAGCGAGCGCUGACGUACCUUCACAGUGAUGGUUCAUUUAGUUUGUGGGGAAAAUCCGACAGAAAUGGUUCUACAUGGUUCACGGCUUAUGUCGCGAGAGUAUUUGCCGAAACCUUGGGGCUCCUUCCCAAAAGCAGCAGGAGAGUUCUUGGCAAAGCGAUUCAGUUUCUGAUCGGCCGGCAAAACGACGAUGGCUCCUUUCGCGAAAGCGGAAAAGUCGUGGACAACUAUGUCGAAGGCGGCGCUUACAAACACUGUACGUUAACAGCAUUCACGACUUUAUCCCUCAUAGAAUACACCAAGGUCGGAAAGGCUGACGACGCGAUGAUGCUGAAUGCUUCAACUGCGAUCCAGAAAGCUGUGACUUUUUUGGAGUCGCAGCUGGAGAGCUUAAAGGACGACCCGUACGCUUUAGCGAUCACAGCGUACGCAUUGGCGCGAGCUAACAGCUCAAAGAGUGAAGACGCACUGGCCGGUUUGGAGAAUUUAAUGGUCCAGCAUGCUUCGACUGUGCACUGGAAGACGCUGGAGUCAGUCGACGAUGAAGACGGAGGUCCCGGCUAUUCAUACUCUACUCACGCCCGAGAGGUGGAAGCCACAGCGUACGCGUUGCUGGCAUACAUGGCCAACGGAAACUGGAGCAUGCCGCUGAAAAUCGCCGCUUGGUUGAUUUCUAAGCAAAAUGCUCAAGGCGGAUUCUUUCCCCCAACGGACACCGCAAUUGCGCUCGCGGCUUUAGCCCAAUUUGCCCAAUCAUUCACCGCUGCUCCAUCGAUGCAGAUCGCCGUCACGGAUGGCAAUCAGAAGAGGGAUAUGACGAUCUUUCAGAAAUCAUCGAUAGAUGUCCAGUUCUUUGAAUUUGCACCGAAACCCAGGGAUAUCGCGAUUAAUGCCAGAGGAAGCGGGAUGGCUGUCGCUUACGUAAGCUGGACAUAUAACGUACUGCAACCGAUGGAGGGUUGGGUAUUUGACCUUAAUGCCACUUUAUCACAUGCCGGAUUCCCAAAGGCUAAACAUUUGACCAUUUGCGCUAGACACUGGAAAGAAGGUAGCAGCAGCAUGACGGUUGUGGAGGUCACCGGCCUGUCUGGUUAUCAGUUCGACGAAGUAUAAAUCAGGCAGCUUCCGCCAAGAAUUCCAUUAAUGCGGAACAGCGAGCUGGACAACAAACGCAGUCAGCUCACUUUGUUUUUUGACGAGAUAACGCCGACUGCCACCUGCUUCAAUUUGACGAUGUACCAAACUUACAAAGUGGAGCAUUUGAAGAAUCAAAGCGUAGGAUUUACGAUUAUUACAACCCAAAAGAUCGACGCACGGUUUUUUAUAACUCAUUGUUGAGUGGCACUGAAUGACUAAAAGAUGACCAACUCCUUAUAUUCUAAUUUUACUA